AAUGACUGUUUUCUUUCCAGACAUGGCUCACACUGUUGGGAGCGAUCGGAUUGCACCAACAAAACAAGAAAAUCCACUAGAUGCAAUUAUUGUUCAAUUUCCUGAACAACCAAAAAAGAUAUCUUUCGAUGUAUUGCUAGAACAACAUCUUGGCAACUUUGGAAGAUACCAGUUGCUUCAAUUCGUCUUGUUAUGUUUACCAACAAUAUUCGUAGCCAUGCACGUUAUGAGUUGGACAUUCGUUUCCAUACCAGCAGUCAUAGUAUGUGCCAACAGUACGACAGCAGAAAAUUGUACCACCGUUGGAUAUUCGGCAGCUGAUAGAUGGGACAUUCGCGGCGAUAGAUCAUGGAUCAAGGCAACAGUACAAUCACUCUAUUACAUCGGUCAGAUGAUUGGCUCAUUGGUUUGCGGAAUCAUGGGCGAUAAAAUCGGAAGAAAGCGCGUUUUCUACUUAGCCAUUAUCCUACAAGUGACUUGCGGUUCUCUACUGUCUGUUGCACCCACAUGGUGGCUGUUUGCUAUCCUAAAACUCGGAACUGGAUUGACACAGCCAGGAAUUUAUAGUGUAGCCGUAGUAUUAGGAAUGGAAUUAGUAGGUGCAAAGUACAGAAGACUUGGUGCAGUUGUUGCUGGUGCUUUCUAUGCAUUUGGAGAGAUGCUUCUCUCUGGUAUGGCAUAUUUUUUGACAGACUACCGUAUUCUCCAUGCUGCUAUCGCGCUACCAUCGCUCAUCUUCAUUACCUACUGGUGGUUGGUCCCAGAAAGCGCUCGAUGGCUUGUGACCAAGGAACGUUACGAAGAAGCAGACGUGAUUUUGCACAAGGCCGCUCGUAUGAAUGGAUCAUAUGUACCAGACAAAUGGUGGGAACUUCUACAGAUGAGCCAGAACAGCAAAUACACAUCAUUUGGUACGAUCGACCUUGUUCGCACCCCAAAAAUGAGAAUCCGAACGCUUGUCUGUUUCUUCUUGUGGCCUGUCAAUACUAUGAUGUACUAUGGUCUCACCAUGAAAAGUGAUCUCGGCGGUGGUAACCUGUACUUGAACUUCGUCUCGAGUGCCCUCAUGGAAAUCCCAGCUCUUUUCCUCGUAUAUUUUUUAAUUGAUCGUAUUGGACGCCGACCAAUGGUUGCAGGAAGCUUGAUGUUGGCAGGAAUUUGCCUCAUCAUCAACUGGAUCGUAGGCGAUGAUGUCCCAUUCUAUUGGGGAAUGGCACAAAUGUCGAUCACGAAAGGAGCUGUGACCGUUUCUUACACAGCGAUGUACACGUACACAUCGGAACUGUUCCCAACAGUGAUCCGUAACACUGCGGUGGGAUGGUGUUCAACGAUUGCACGUAUUGGGGCCAUCAUGUCCUCGUAUGUGGCACUAUGGCUGGUGGAUUCAUAUGGCAAACUAGCGAUGGUCAUUCCCUUCUGUGUGGUGUCAAUGCUAGCAGCUAUUCUGACGACGGUAUUUUUACCGGAAACUAUGAACAAACCAAUGCCCGAAUCCAUAUCUGAAGUGGAGGGCACAAAAAUUUGAAGGCGCAAUUUGAUUCACGCUCCAAAUUCGGUGCGUACGCAUUAGGAUAACGAAUCUCAAUGAUACUCGACACGAACUACGGUUGCCUGUUCACGACACGACAACCACUGGAGAAGCGCAGAAUCUUUCAAUUCAUCCGACACGAAACUAGAUCAGUUUUUCGAUUCGAAUCCACUUAAGUACUACUAAUCUUCCCGAUCUAUUGCAUUUCGCCCAGUGUCAGGGUUUGGACAGGUGUGGCAAUUUGCUACACUAAAGCUUUAUUCUUUUUGCUAACAUAUUCUUUUUAUUUCUUGUGCCUUAACUCAGCGCUUCGUUGUUAAUUACUUAUGAGAAGCGCAUCGGUUCUUUACCAUAAUAAGAACGACAUCUGUUGAUGGACUGCAAUAUGUUUAGCAAUAUUGUUGACAUUUGGACAAUAUUCACGAUAAAUGUUGGAAG